AUGCCUCGAGACCGACGGCACACGGUUCUGGCGGCCACGGCCUCUAUUCUAGUGGUAACUUCAGCGGCGGUCUUCCCCAGAAUUUGGCUACGGAUUCAGCGACGGGAUUUUGGCUUCGAUGAUGGGCUGGUCUGCUUUAGCUGGGCGUGCCUCGUUGGGUUUAUGAGUGCCGUCAUUUUGGCAACACAUCAUGGAUUGGGCCUCGACAUUGGCGAAGUUUCUACAGCCGAUAAAUCAAAGUUCUUGAUGCUCAAUGUCGUCUUUUCCUGCACCUUCAGCUGGGCCAUUGCGACGGCCAAGAUGUCCUUCGCCGUCUUAUACAUGCGCCUUCUACCGAAGACAUACCUUUUAAUUUUGAACAAAUGUCUGAUUGGAUUCCUUUUCUGUCAAGCGCUCGAGGAAACCAUGAUUGCGAUCUUCAUGUGCGUUCCAGUUGGCUCGGCCUGGACACCUGGUAUGAAAGGGAAGUGCAUUGAUAUCCGGGUCUUGUGGUGGACAACGUUCACGUUUAAUGUAUCUACCGACCUAAUUCUUUUCAUCCAACCAAUCCCGACAGUUUGGAAGCUCCAGAUGCCCAAGGGAAAGCGCAUUGGCGUCAUCUUCAUGAUGUCGCUCGGUCUUUUGGUCUGCAUCAUUUCGAUCGUUCGCAUCAUUCAAACAACAUCGGCUGGGUCUAACACGACGCAGAGAGUGGUAGACGGAGCGAUAUGGUGCGAGACGGAGAUUUCGGCCCUCCUCAUUUGUUCCUCCGUCCCGACUCUGAAAGUUCUAGUACAGAAGAUCCCCGGUUUCUAUUACGUCUUCAACAGCAUUACCGAACGAUCGAACCCCUCGAAGCUAUACAUGAAUCUUGGCCAAGAAAAUAGUAGGUCAAUUCCGUUGAGUGCCCUCGCGGAACGAAAGCAUGCACAUCCCAAGGGCAUGAGCCAGAUUAUCGAUGAGGUGUCCGACGAGGCAACCAUGAGCAGGGAGGCCUUUCCUCCCGCUCGCACCAUCGACAGUACGGAAGAAGUCUUCCCCAACAAGACGAGCACGGACGAAGAAACAGGAAGACGCAAGUACGGGUCCAGGACAGUCUCGUUGACAGGGUCGGAGGAACAGAGCAAGCAUCUCAAGGCCGAGGAAAGGGGCCUAUGA